AUGGACUUGCUUGAUUUCUCAAAGGCACAGGAAAUAGAGUGGGAGGGUAUUUGUUUUUGCGAAAGUUUCUGUAACGUUGAUCCACACAUAUUAUCUCUUUCCAUGACUGUUGCCUUGAAUUUAGUCCGCUCCAAAUAUUCAAAGACUCUUCACAGUGAGGGUAAUUUUAGAUCCCUUAGAAACUUUGAUGUCAGUUUCUGCUUUAGCGUGAAGGAAUUUUCAUUGUCAUCAAAGGAAAUAUCAGAUUUGGAUUUGUUAACUUCAAAUUCCAAAAUACUGUACUCAUCCAUUGGGAGUCUCAGUGAGCUACGAAGGAUCAUACUAGGUGGUUCAAGACUAGAGAUUCCUCCCAUAAAUGAGUUAUGUUGCCUGAGAUCUUUUGAAGAGCUUAAUCUUUCUGAUUGCAGACAAAUGAAUCAAAGCCCAAAGCUUCAUGUCCUAUUCGAUGCCUUAUUUGAUUUACAAGAGCUAUUUAUAGCUGGAUGCAGUGACUUCUUUAAAGUCCCUGAUAUUAUUGGCACUUAUUCAUCAUUAAAGUAUUUGGGACUGAAAGGAAGUUGUAUUGAUAGCUUACCUGCUAGCAUUAAAAAUCUUUCUUUGCUUCAAGCAAUUUACCUAAGGAAUUGCAGGAGGCUUCUAUCUAUACCACAACUUCCACCAUCAGUUAUGCAUCUAGAUGCAACUAACUGCACGUCACUAGAGAAUGUAUUCACUAUAACUACAUCUGCACCACAGCAAGAAGAUAUUUUGUCAUAUUUCUUUUCGUUUGUGAAUUGUUUGAAAUUGGAUGAGCAUUCACUUUGCAAUAUAAUGGACAAUGCCUACCUCUCAUUGAAGCGAGCAGUUCUUGACAAUUUAGAAGCAAGUGUUUUUUGUUAUCCGAGUAACAGAGUUCCAAAGGGGUUCAGAUCUAAUCAAAUAAGAGAGGCUUCCAUGUCUAUGCAGCUUUCACCAGCUGUUGAUAAAUAUGGUGAAAAGCUUGAAGGAUCAAGUACAUGUGGUUAUUCCAUUACAGAAUUGUACUGUGAUCACGUUUUUCUGUGGUAUGACCCCCAAUACUGUAUACACAUUGUGGAAGGGGUUAAAUCAAAAUUAGGACAACGUGAGGAUGUCCCAAAGGUCUCAUUUGAAUUCUAUGUUGUUACUUAUGAUGAUGACAAUGGCGAGAGGGUCAACCAUGAGCACUUGAUCAAAGAAUGCAGAGUCCAUCCAAUAUAUGUCUCAGAACAGUAA